AACCAUUUCAGAUACAAACUUCUAUGAUAUUUAUAGGACCGUGACAGAAAACACGAUCAUCGUUCGUUCUCUUGACAUCUGGGUAGAUGAACUGUUGUAUCACUGUGUCUACAAGUAAAGAGGGUUCAGUAUCUGACUGAUAUUCAAGGUAUUCGGAGGAAGUGUUUUGAAACUUCUCUAUUUGCAAAUAUUACCUCAUUGACAGCAGUGCGAAGUUUCAUUUUAGACGCCCGUAGACUUUCACCUUGACAGAAUGAUUGGAAAGAACACAAACGACACACUUCAUCUGCCAAAGGAAUAUAGAUCUGCUCUUUUGAUCAUAUACAUAUUCAUCUUGCUCGGUGGGACUCAGAAUGUUGUUUUAAUGUCCUGUAUGCUCCAGUCCCAGAGACGCCUCUCUUUCACCAACGUGUCAGUGAUCAACCUAAUAACUGUGCAUUCUUUGUUUCUACUCACGGUGCCCUUUCGUAUUUUCUAUUAUGCUUCUGAUACCUGGAGUCUGGGCAAACAUUUCUGCAAAAUUGUCAGUGUUAUGAUCCAUGCUCAUAUGUAUCUUGCGUUCAUCUUUUACGUCUUUCUUCUUAUUGUGCGUUACAUGGAGAACUUCAGUAAGCAACCUAUGCUGAAUUUCCAUCGCGUUCUUCACGCCACGAUAGCGAGCGCGACUGUCUGGCUUGUCAUAUUCGGCACUAUUUUCCCUCCAACUAUGCUAAAGUAUGGAUUAUCUGCCAAUGAUUCAACUCAGUGCUUUCAAUUUGGUGAAGCUCUUAAAAAACCUGCUGUUAAAAACUUGAACUAUGUUAUUUGUAUAGUGGCGUUACUGGUCUGGAGUGUGCUGGUUUGUUUCCAGAUUUAUUUUCUGCUUUACGUGAGUAAGACUUAUGGCACAUGUGACCGUCAAGAAUUCUGGGUACAAAUGAAGAACGCUGUUUUCCUGUUGGUAAUGUUUUUGUGUUUUGUGCCCUAUCAAAUAUUUAGGAUAUAUUAUGUGAGUGAAUAUAUGAAUUCUGAACUUCAGUAUAAAAAUGAAAUAUUUCUUGCUUUAACAGCUUUCAGCUGCUUUGAUAUGAUUGUUUUUGCUAGUAGAGAUAUAUAUAAAUACUUAAGAUCAAGGGGAUGCAUGUGCUGUUUAUAAUGUCAAUGUUGAUUCUGAGGGGUGCUGUAUUGGUAUUACUUAAUUUUUUUACUUUAUUCUAAAUUACAAGCUUACAAUCCUGUGUGACGAGAGAAUAUUUCAAUAAAAAAUUUUUUUUCCAUG